GUUUCUUUGGACCCACUUUGAAUAGCUUUAUCCAUGUACUCAUGUAUUCUUAUUAUGGACUGUCAGUCAUCCCUUCUAUGCGCAAGUAUCUGUGGUGGAAGAAAUACCUCACUCAGGCACAAUUGAUCCAGUUUCUGCUCACUAUUGUGCACACGCUGAGUGCAGCUGUGAAGCCAUGUGGAUUCCCAUUUGGCUGCCUCAUGUUCCAGUCCUCCUACAUGACCACACUGGUCAUUCUCUUUAUAAACUUCUACAUUAAGACAUACCAGAAAGCACCUUCAAGAACAGCUAUAAAGGAAACCCUUGUCACAACAGAAAUCAAGAACGGUUUCCAUAAGGACUACUUCGCUGCUGCCAAUGGAUUCCUGAACAAUAAGAAAGCACAAUAAGUUUAGUAUUUCCUACAUUUUUUUUUAAAAAAAAAGGAAGAAAAGACUGAAUUACAAGCUUUAGCUUAAAACCUAUUUGAUUACAUUUAUCAGUUCUUUGUACCAGACACUUACUAAUGUACUGCUAUUUAGGUUUUAACAAAACAAAUGGAAUUACUUGUCCUGUCAAAGAUCACCAUUGGAACAAGAAGGCCAAGAUCUUUCUAAUAUAAAAAUCUUUCUGAUCUCUAAUGCUGACACAAAAACGCCUUAUAAAACACUCGGUAGAUAAAUCCAUCAAUGCCUUCCAAAGGUUAGGACUCUGAUCAGACUAACGUGCUGAGCGCUUUCUGUGCAUGCAAGAGGUCUUGAGGCAAGGCUUCACAGGUUCCACCAAAUGCAUUCAGCUAAACUGUAGCCAAGGUCAGGGGAAAAAGAAAAAAAAAAGUGAGAAACAUACCUUUUCCAUCACCAUACCCCUCUCUGCUUCUUCCCAG